UAAUGCCUGUGGAAUUUCUGGAAAUCGAUGGCAAAUAUCUGGAAGGUGGUGGCCAAAUCCUGCGCAAUGCCCUCAGCUUCAGUUGCAUUCUACGACGUCCUGUUCGUAUCGUGAAUAUAAGGGCAAAUCGUCCAAAUCCCGGCCUCUCGAAUCAACAUUUGUUCGGCCUAAAUCUUUUGAUGCAAAUUACCGAUGCCCAGGUGAAUGGAAACCAACUGAAAUCUAUACAAGUCGAAUUCAAUCCCGGCAAAAUCAGGUCGGGAAAGUAUUUUGUUAAUACUCAAACAGCUGCCAGUAUAUCGCUGGUUUUACAAUGUGCCCUACCCGUGCUUGCAUUUGCUGAUGGCAAGUCCGAAUUGGAACUUGUGGGUGGCACCAAUGUGGGUAUGGCUCCACAAGUUGAUUUUUUAACAGAGGUGCUACGGCCAAAUCUGGAACAGUUUGGUGUAUCUUUCGAUUUUGAUCUUAUGACGCGGGGCUACUAUCCACGGGGCGGUGGCCGUUGUAAGGUGUAUGUGCCACCGGUGAAAUGUCUCAAUCCAAUAGAUUUAACAAAUUUUGGCCAAGUCCAGGAAACACUGGGUUGGUGUUUUGUGGCUGGCCGUCUACCACCCAAUCUUGCUGACAACAUGAAAACCUCUGCUGAAAAGGAAUUAUGUAUACUAAAAAAUAUCCCCCCUUGUCAAUUGGAAGCGUAUAAAGAAUCUCCUGAUGUAGCGCGUGACAAUGGAUCGGGUGUCAUUUUGAAAGCAACCACUAGUACUGGAUGCGUUAUUGGUUCUUCCUCGUUGGGUGAGAAAAAAGUUGAUGCUCAUCAAUUGGGCUCUAAGGCUGGACGAGAACUUGCGGAGCUUAUAUCACGAGAAAUUUGUGUGGAUGAAUAUGUCCAGGACCAAUUGAUUAUUUAUAUGGCAUUGGCCAAAGGACAAUCUAGAAUAUUAACGAAACCAUUGACAAAUCAUACAAAGACUGCAAUAUAUGUGGCGGAGAAGAUGUGCGGUGCUCGUUUUACCGAGGAGAAGGUAAAUGAACAUCAUGUUAUUCUAACUUGCCAAGGUAUUGGAUAUGUAAGUCCAUAUUGA